CAUUUUCGUGGAAUUUUGACGCUUGUCUUCUUAAACUACGCAUGCAACACGGCAAUAUUUUUAUUAUUAAAUUUAAUUUGCACUCAAAUUUAUCGGAUUUAAUGUAAUUUCCGACAUUGCGCGACAAUCACGCGCAACCGUCAAGGCAAAUGAUAAAGAAUGAUGUGUUACUAGCUAAAGCUUGACCUCUCUUUGUUAUGCCAGAGUGCUAGGAAGGAAUGAACUGAGCAGAAGCUUCCUACACCAGCUAAAUAUUAUUUUCAAGUGAAUUUUCAUUUGUCAAAUCAUUAUUAUUAUUUUUUGGUGCAGUUUUUCCCAGUCUAAGAAGAUGUCACUAGUGAUGCACUUGCCAAUAGACGAUCUCUGGAGCACCAGUGCUUUUUGGUACUCGUACAAAAAUUGACGUGUGGAAAUCCUCUAAAUAUGACGUGACCGAAUGUCCUCACAAUUCACCUGACCAGGCAAGGUGUGCGGGCGAGGAGGUGGCUGCGCUGGUAUGCGCGUGGGAAGCAGCUGGAGGUGGCAUCUCUCACGGGCCAUGCGACUCGCACUGCGAUGGUGCCGAGCGUGCUGUCCCAAGAUAGGGGGUCGAGGCAGGGGAGGAGGUGGCCGGCUUCGGCAACUGCGGAGCUACAGCAAGCUGUUGCUCAAGUCUCUUUACUUCAACAGCCUCACCAACUCGGACACAUUGCUCGAUUGCGCCUUUGAACCCGUGUACUGGAUCGUGGACAGAGUGACUCGCUGGUUUGGGGUGGUGUUCGUUACUCUGGUCAUACUACUGACAACCUCGGUGGUGGUCAUCGUCUACAUGUACGUCCUCCCCACAAUCCUCAGUACCUACACUGCAAUCUGGAUUGUCUGGCACCUGUGCUGCGGACACUGGCUCCUUGUCAUGGUGGUCUUCCAUUACUACAAGGCCACCACCACCUCUCCUGGACAUCCGCCCAAGGACGACAUUCAUAUUCCCUCCGUCUCCAUUUGUAAGAAAUGCAUCAAUCCAAAACCGGCCAGGACUCACCACUGCAGCAUUUGCAACACCUGUGUCUUAAAGAUGGACCAUCACUGUCCUUGGCUCAACAAUUGCGUGGGGCAUUUCAACCACCGCUACUUUUUCUCCUUCUGCCUCUACAUGACCUUAGGCUGCAUCUACUGCAGCGUCAGCAGCAGAGAAAUGUUCCUGCAGGCCUAUAAUGCUGUCGAGAGUUACUUUCAGACUCCUCCCCCGCCAUAUACGUCGACGGAGACGACAGGCCACAAGUGCAUCAUCUUUCUCUGGGUGCUGACCAGCUCUGUGGCGGUGGCCCUGGGAGGUUUGACCCUGUGGCACGCUAUGCUUAUCAGCCGGGGGGAGACUAGCGUGGAGCGCCACAUCAACUGUAAAGAGAGAAAAAGACUGAAAUUGCAGGGGAAGGUGUUCAAAAAUCCAUAUCAUCAUGGUAAGAUGGACAACUGGAAGCGGUUGCUUGGUGUGGAGACUCAAAGUCACUGGUUUACACGUGUUCUGCUACCCUCGAGUCAUCCUGUAACGGGCAAUGGCAUUGUGUGGGACUGGACUUUCACUAAGAGAGACCCCAUGGCCAUCUGAUGCAUUCAAAUUUCAUACCUCACACAUUUAUGUUGUUGGUGCAGUGGAAAUAUGUUGCUGGUCAGCAUUUUCUCCAUCAUCUGCUUCUUGAAGAUAGUUGGUAGAUGUGUCUUCGUCAGCAUUCUGAUGCGACUCCGAUCCAGAUCAAGGAAAAACGGUGGGCUGCAUGUCAAGUCUGGACCACCUUUGUGCCUAACGGGAGCCUACCAAAGUGAUCCUCAAAGGCUGUCAAAUGUUGACUGAGACAAUUUUUUUUUUUUUUUUU